GCGAACGCGUGUUGUGUUCUGACGAGGCCCAGUACUAGUUUUGCGGGCUUUACACACUGUUGAAUCCUACAGCCUUCCGUUUGCUUCAAAUGGACAUUUUACAAACAUGAUUCAUGCUGCUUUUCAGAUUACCAUCGCCCUUAUAUUGGCAGGCCUUACCCACUGUGGAAAGAUCCUGGUGUUUCCUCAUGAUGGCAGCCACUGGGUUAACAUGAAUAUCUUGAUUAAGGAGCUGCACAAUAAAGGCCACCAUGUUACUGUCAUUCGACCGGCUGAUAGCUGGUACAUUAAGGAACACUCAGACCACUAUGACUGUAUAACCGUUGAUUUUGCAGUGGGCGGUAAUGAGGCCUUCUUUAACAUCUUUGUUUCCAGACAGUUGCAGAUUCGACGGGAAGGCAGCUCUUUUUGGACUCGACUCAGCUUGGACAUGGAACUGAAGGAUAGAUUUUCAGAGAUGCAUAGGAAUAUAUGCGAAAUGGUCAUUCAUAUUAUCGAGGAUGAAAAAUUGAUCAAUUCGAUCAAGAAUGCAAGGUACGACUUGAUGCUUACAGACCCUGCGAACGGUGGUGGAGUUGUGCUAGCGCAUUAUCUUACCCUGCCUUUGGUUUUCAAUGUCCGUUGGACUAUUCAUGGAGAAGCGCAUUUCACAAUUGCACCUUCACCGCUGUCCUACGUUCCGUUUCCGUUAUCCAUGUUGACGGACCAAAUGACGUUUUUUCAAAGGGUCUAUAACAUGCUUUUCUACCAUGUAAGACUUUUUCUGUAUAAGCGCAUUGUAGGUCCUUAUUACAGUGCUUUGUGUAGCCGAUACUUUAGUCCAGACGUUAGCUAUUUUGAAUUAUUCCAAGCAGCCGACAUCUGGCUUAUGAGAGUUGAUUUUGUUUUUGAGUUUCCUCGGCCAUUAAUGCCCAACGUUGUUUACAUGGGCUGCUUUCAAUGCAAACCUUCACAAGCUCUCCCGGAUGAUCUUAAGGACUUUGUGGAAAGUUCUGGAGAGCACGGAGUUGUUAUUGUAUCAUUAGGAACUUUGGUUGGCGAGCUCCCUAGUGAUAUAGCUGAUGAAAUGGCUGCUGGUCUCUCCAAGCUUCCUCAAAAAGUGAUCUGGAGAUACUCAGGUAAAAGACCAACCACUCUUGGCAACAAUACCAAACUGGUGGACUGGUUGCCACAGAAUGAUCUUCUCGGACAUCCCAAAACCAAAGUUUUUGUGAGCCACGGGGGAACUAAUGGACUUUUAGAGGCAAUUUAUCAUGGUAUGCCGAUAGUUGGACUACCUCUAGUUUUUGACCAACAUGACAAUCUCUCAAGGAUGAAAUAUAAAGGUGUAGCUCAGGUACUGGAUAUAGCCACAAUUAAUGAGGAGGUGUUUCUGCAGGCUAUACAAGAAGUUCUUGACAAUCCAUCAUAUAGUAUAAACAUGCAGAGAUUGUCUAGUCUCAUUAAAGACAAACCAGUUCAUCCACUUGACAAUGCCAUCUUCUGGAUUGAGUUUGUAAUGAGGCACAAAGGUGCCUCACAUCUGCGAACUGAGUCCUACAAAAUGCCUUGGUACAUAUAUUACAGUGUUGAUGUUGUAGCGUUCUUAAUCCUGGUUGCGUUGGGUUCAGUUUUUGUUAUUUUUGCAAUUAUUCGGUACGUAUGUUGCAGGCCGUGUAUGAAAACAAGAGUUAAGCAGGACUGAUUUGACACAGCAAAAUUGUAAUAACUACAUUAACAAGCAGUAUAAUGAUUUGGUCAUUAUCUGGCAGCGUAAUUUAAAUAUAAAUCCUUUUGUACACAUUGAUCAUGAUUAGUAAACCAUUUGCUCCAUCACAUUUGGUAAAACACGCUUAGCUCCUCCAAUAAUCCAUUGCUAGUGCAGGUGCCUUGAUCAGAUAGCAAUUCAGAGGUCGCAAUUGUAUUGCAACAAUGAACUUUACCCUCAUGCAGGUGCAACUAGUCUUGCCUAUGUGUUGGCGCCUGGCUGAUCCCAAACUUGACCGCCCCGCCUGGGGAUCAAACCCAGGACCUUCUUGCUGUGAGGCGACAGUGCUACUCGCUGAGCCACCAUCUCCUUUUAAUAGUGUAGUCAAUUAAAAAUAAUUAUAGCAUGAACUUUUGUCUUUUAUACAUUGUGUAGUGCAGUAUCAUCAAUGAAACAUGUCAGACCAGCUUCAACAGGAACAAUUACUGAUUUUUAAAUCCUAAAUGUUUAACCUAAAUGUUGCCCCUUUUUGCAUCCAGUGUGUGGUGCCAGUCUUACUAUGUCUGUGGCCAUUUAGAAACUUUCAGACUGUGGCCUCCAAUAGCUUCUCAAUUCAUUCUGUUUAGAUCAGGCAGCGACUGCUCAGUCCAAAAUGAAUUUGAAUUUUCUCCCAAUUUAGUGUAGUCAAUUUGUUUUUGGCUGGUAGGGGAAUCCCUGAUUGCAGUUGAAGUGGGUAUAUUGCUGAUCAUGCCUCCGACGACCCACGCGCAGCCCUUUUUUACAUAUGCACUUUGCACAGGUGCCUCUCUAUCUGCCAAUCAAGGUCUUUACACAGCGUUUUUUGAAGACCCCACCUACAUAGUCUGGUCAUCCUGCCCUAGCAGAAGCAUGUCUCUUGCAGGUACUGCCAAUUAUGCUCGCUAGAUGGUGCCCAGCCGACCGGUGGCAAUGCUGAGUUUCGAACCGAAGAAUUUAGAAUCUUGGUGCUGGGGUGCUAGCCACCUGGGCACCCAAACUUUUGUCUUUUAUACAUUGUGUAGUGCAGUAGCAUCAAUGAAUUGCGUCAGACCAGCUUCAACUGGAACAAUUACUGAUUUUUAAAUCCUAAAUGUUGCCCCUUUUUGCAUCCAGUGUGUGGUGCCAGUUUUACUAUGUGUGUGGCUAUUUAGAAACUGUGGCCUCCAAUAGCUUCUCCAUUCAUUCUGUUUAGAUCAGGCAGCAACUGCUCAGUCCAAAAUCUGUUCCACACUUUUUUUAAAACCCUUUUAGUAAAUAGUUCUGGAUUAAAUACAACAAUACUUAUUGUUACAUUUUCCAGUGCAAACACAUACCUUACAUUUAAAUUAAAUAGCUAGAUUUACCAACAUUUUUAAUCAACAUGGAAAAAAAAUGACAUUCAAAAAUAUGUUGUGUUAAAUAAAUACUUUAUUACAGAUGGUUUGUUACUGUUCUGUUAUGGUGUGCAGCUCAAGGGCCCUGUGAAAACUGUGAUACAGUGAACACAGACAGGGGUUGUAAAAUAAGAAUAAAUAGGCACUUUCAUUUUGGGAGAUUAUUGCACAUUUUCUAAGUGUACUAGAUGUGUUGAGUAUGUAUUUUAUAAUUAAUCAUGCCUUCAGUAAGAAUCCAUGUCUAGCCAGAAAUAAUGUCACGUGUCUGAUAGAUCUGUUUGUGUCUGAUCUAUAGUGUUCUAAACACAUGCUUGCUAAGUGGUGGUGGCGGUAUUUAGGAAACAACCUUUGUAUACACAUGUGAAUUAUGUCAUACUGGACUACACAUCCUAGUUUAGGCAUGUUUCAUUAUUUCUUUGAAAUAGAAAAUGGUCUUAAUGGUAAAUAAUACUGCUUUUAAAAAUGCUGUUUGAUUAUAUUUUGUAUCUAAAAGAUAAAAUAAGCAAGCGUAUGGCCGACAGUUCCGUUUGUUAAGUUGUGGAUUUGGGUGAGCCUUAUUGAUUCGAAUGAGUCAAAUGUUCAGGAUCUGAGUUGGUACUAGUGUAUAAACUUACUUGUGAUUUCUCGAUGGACAGAGAAUAUAACCUACAACCGGGUAGUUCAGGCUGCUAUGAGCCUUGUAUUUGUUAAAAAUAAUCACCUUGUUGGAGUACUUGUUGGACUAAAUAAACUCACCUUGCACUUUGA